UAUUUUCGCGUAAACGAUCAACAAUGGUGAAAGCCGUGGUUGCAGAAGAAACUCGCCUCAAACCCAUCGAGGAUCGUCUCGCCCAAUCAUCACUUCCAUCCGAGGUGGGUUUAAUAAUCGGCAAGUUCAGCUCCGGUUUGGACCGGGCGUUCGUCUUCGACCUAAUCCCAACCCCGAACAAUGAUUCCGGUGACCCUGCCUCUUCCAUCUCCGAACCUGAAAAGAAGAAAGGUUCCAAAUCUGACACUUCCUCUCUCUUCAUUGAUAAGGAUUGGGUAGCUGAACAUGCUCGUCAGGUGUCUAGAAUGCUUGUGGGUGGGAUGAAGGUUGUUGGCAUAUAUGUUUGGAUUAGUGACGGGGCCUUCAAGAACUCUACCAUAGUUCUUUGCCAGACGGUGAAAGUGGUUGCUGAAGCAGCGGUGAUUGUGGAGGCUGAGUGGGAUGAAAGGCUGCUUCUUCACAUUUGUUAUAGCCCAAGAAGGUGGAGUUGUCGAAAUUGCUCCCUAUCUUCAAACAUUACAUCAAGUAGUCUGAGGCCUUGUGACUUUAAAAUGGGAAAGGUCUUAAAUUAUCUUCAGACGUUUAAGUGCAUGUACAAUUUUACUCUUAGGUUGCCUAUAUUUCAUGACAAUGCGUCAAAAUUCCACACAUUUAGUGAUGUUCUUCGUCAUGCAAUAUCUCUUCAUGCUAAAGAACUUAAAGGUGCACGGGCCUUGAUUGAUGGUAAAUUGGUUGUUGAUGGUGAGCCAUAUUCAACAGAUGGUGUGCAUGAAGUUGAAUUGCUUUUACCAUUUACGAGUAAUACUCCUUUUGAAGCGUUCAGCCAAAGAGACGUUGUAGGUAUUCUUUCAUUCAGUGGUUUGGUAUGUUCUUUUGCAUAUCUGAAUUCAAAAGAGCCAAUCUCACAGGCAAUCACUGACAUAAAGGGAGAUAUCAUUAUGAGUCUGCAAAGUAGGUUGGAUAUAAUAUGUGAUGAGGCAGAUGCUGAUUCAGGUUCUGGUCCAGAUGUUGGCAGGGAAGCAUCCAGCGAUUUAUCAACCGAGAAGCCUGUUUCCCAAUGUGUGCUACAUUUGUUAAGAAAAGGGUGCAUGCUUCCGUUUCCUAGACGAGUCUUUGCACCAUGGCUGGCAGGAAUUUAUGUGUGUGACUACUUACAGCCUUCCGAUACAGUUGAGGUGUUAAAAGAUCAUUGUACAGAGUUAUUAUCCAUGAAAGCUCCAACUGAUGUUUCAACAAUUUUGGAGCUAGAAAAAGAAGCCAUUUCCGUCAAAACCAAAUCUUUCUGGGAUGUAGCAGUGCCUUUCUCUUCAGCAAUUCCGCAGCAUCUGGAGAAGAGCAAAACUGAUGAUAGUAGAGAAUUGACGGAGAAUAAUAAAUCUGCAAACUCGGGUCAUGUCAAUCUUAUGGCUGCUAUUUUCAUUCUUUUGCUGUCAAUCUUACUUGGGUUCGUGUUCUUUUUGCAAAAGAGUUGAAACAUUAUGUUAUCCACUACGAACUGAAAAGUCUUCUCAGUGCAACUAAUUAGUUUUGUGGAGUACUUGAUCAAUAUUGUUUGCAUGGAAUGGAGAUGGAUGAUGGAUCAUUGAAAGGGGAACCCCAGUGGGGCUAGAUGUUAGUCAUUGCCUUGCGGCCAAAGGACACUGAGGGUUUACGCAUUGUGGGGAGAAAACUUCUAUGAAAGGAAACACAAAAUCAGUAUAUGUAUUGGUUGUGGAAUUCUUUUUAUCUCGUAGGAUACUAUAUAAUUAAGUGCAUUCUAUGGUGGUUAUGAAAUUUUGGUAACACAAAAUGUAACUAAAAUUAAUGUUAUACUUUUUACUCUUUGGAAAUGUUUUUUAUUUUGAAAAAAUAAAAAUACAAAGUUGUUCAUUGGCCUAAUACAUAGCCA